AUGAAUUUUUUAACCUUAUUUCUAACUAUUCAAUGUUUGAUGGUAGGAACUGAAUGUUGUAUGCGAAUGGUUCCGCCAGAUGAUGUCUAUAUUCCGAGCACAUUGGCACCUGUGGAAAGUACUAUGGCUCCUGGGGUGAGCACAAUGACUCCUGGGGGUAUUUAUACCUCAGCGGAAACCGAGGCGCCUGAGGUAACGAUGAUGACAACACCCGCAAUGGAAUCAUCAACCGUAACAGAACAACUAUGCAAAAUUAGUGCAGCCACGUGCCCAGAUUUGGCGUCAGUGAUCUCAGGUCAAGUAGCCAUGACAACUGACACGGACGGAUGCAUUGAAUUAUCGUGUGUACCUGGAAAUGAUCCAUCUCUUACUGCUUCAUUUGAUAACAGUGAAAUACCACCACCUACUCCAGGUGACGUAGGUGAUGAUUUUUCGAUUAGAGUCCCAUUACCGCCUCAAGAAGUUGUCGGUGGAUUAAGUGGAUAUUAUGGACUCGUGUGUGAGAAUAAUAAGUUGAAGGCAACGAAGUAUCCACUUGGAAUUGACACUUAUACCGGCAGUGGUAUUUUUGGAGCGGAUGGGUCAUAUAACGGGAAGAAAUCGGCUCUAAACAUUGUACAGUGCGAGUGAUUUUUCGGAUUGUAUGAUGAACAUAAAUAUUGAUGAUUUA